GCGGGCGCGGGGCUGCGAUGUCGCCGCCGGGGCCGCGGCCGGGGCGCCCGGGCGGGGCCGAGCCUGUCCUGCGCUCUGUCAACACGCGGGAGCUCUCUGAGGUCGUCUUCAACAACCACAGCACCCGCUACGUGCUGCCCGUCUGGCUGGACUUCGAGGGUCAGCCGCGCUGCUACCCGGUCCUGCAGCCGCGCACCGGGCGCGUCAUGCGCAGCUACCGGGGGCACCUCUGGCUGUUCCGGGAUGCAGGGACCAACGAUGGGCUGCUUGUCAACCAGCAGGAGCUGUUCGUGGCAGCCCCCAAUGUGACCAAAGCUGACAUCACACUGCCAGUGUUCACCCUGAAGGAGAGAUGUCUGCAGGUUGUGCGCAGUCUGGUCAGCCCAAUGGACUACAGGAAACUGGACAUUGUUCAGUCGUUAUAUGACGAGCUGGAGGAUCAUCCUGAUAUUUGGAAGGAUCUUCAACGGCUUUCUCUGGAGAGGAAUGAAGCACUGAGGAACAAAAUUCUGGAAUAACACGAUUACUCACUUCAGUACUUUCCUCAGUAGCAAACCCCUGAGUCUGAGCAGCGAGAGUCGCCAGGAAACACCAAGAACUGAUGCCUCUGUUUAAAGCUUUGAAACAUAAACUCAGUAACGUUGGUGAUAGCAGGUCAAAUCCCAAAGACUGAGCAGCACCUGGAGGCAUGCCAGGUUCUGAUGGCUCAGUUCAUUUCUUCAUUACAUGUAUUGCAAACCGUAGGGUAAGAUCAGAGCAGCUAUAUGGAAAAUAUUCAUACGAAGUAACUUUCAUUGUAUGAGAAAGUGAAUUACACCAAGGAUUAAUUUAGCCCAGACUAAGGGUUGUAAGUGUCACCCAUUUAGUUUGAGUAAUUUGGUUUGAUGGAAUUUCCCUUUCAUGUGUAGCCUCAAUGUGCCUGUGAGUCACAGAGCAUGGGGGGUUUGUACAUGAGGGUUUCCAGCACCACCUGAGGGUCUGACAAACAUUACAUUGGUGGAAAGACGAAGUGUAAAUGCUUGGAGGUUAUUCUGCCUCUUGCCUUUCCAUGUACAAAGCCAUGUCAUACCCACUCUAGGUCUGACAUGUUUUUAUUCUCAUCAUACCUCGAAUGCCUUAUUUGCCUUUGUCAUAGGAUUGUUGUCUGGCUGAUCUCAGCCACACAGACCAGAUCCUAGUUCUAUGACACCCUUGUUCCCCAAAGCUGCUUCCCCAGCAGCCUCUACAGGGUUCACAGGAGGUAGAUGCUUUAAGUUCUGUCUUUUCCCCUUGCAGUGCUAUAGUCUGGGUUGUAGUAGGAGGCCUUUUCAGGGAGCCUGGGCCUCUUGAGCUGCCUGUGCCUUCUCAGGACCAGUGGGAGCUGUAUUUGCUCACACAGCCAGUUCACAAACAGGGCCAUGCUUAGCGGCAGGCUGCAGAAACAGAGAUACCAUUUCUUUGCCUGUAUUCUGUUCCCCCAUGUCUUAGUGGAAUGUGCUCUUCAGUGAAUGCACACAGAGAGUUCAAAGCAGCAUAGUUUAGUGUUACAUGAAUUGUCUGCCGAGCAAGAUGUGGUGGAACUCAGGUUAGAAGCAGAUUGGUAGGAGACUGAUUACAGCAGGUUAUUUCUGUGAGUACGUUUCCUUCCAGCUGUACAUUCUGAGAGCAGAUGUGAAACAGAGAAUCUCAAUGUAUUUUGUAAGUAUGGAAUGCCUCCCUAUUUGUAAACUUGUUUUUCUUACAUAUUUGAAGAAACUGAUCUUUGACAUAAAAAUGGAAAUGUGUGCUAGCUUUCUGACUGUAAUUCUGUCAGGUAUAUUCCCCAGUGUCUGUGUGUUUGUAUCCCUGUGAUACUCUGACAAGUGUUGUGGUUGAUCAGUAAACAGACACUUUGGAGUGUACAGCCUGCCCAGCCAGUUGCUGCAGGGCUGUGUUGUGGCUCUCAUGAACUAUCAGCACAGCUUCAGGCAGUGUCUGGGCAGGAAUGGGGCUACUGGCAAAUUCUGCUCUUACCACCUCUCAGAUCUCUGAGGGGAAAGUGAGCCCAUGCAGGCCUUGGGAGCAGACAUGGGUCAGUGCCCUAGGGAGCCUGAGGGUCAGAGGGUGCUUUCUCUGCUCUUAACCAUACCUGGGAGGGGGUUCCCUCCUGAUGUCUAUGAGGCUGUGCACUGCAAUAAGCAUGGCAGCUCUGCCAGACCCUGGCAGAAAGCUGGCCUGCUUGGCUGCAGCUUUUCCUGUAACAGUUGGUAUUAGGUGUUGGGUUUAACAGUCUCUACACGGCACACACGUUCUGGGUAUUUCUUAGUUGGGUGGGGUCUGUGAUUUCUUGUGUGUCUUAUGAGAGUGUAUUUUUCUGCUCUGGAGUGGUUCUUUGGAUCAGAAUAAAAGAUUGGAGAAACUCCA